CUUGAGCGCUGGCUAACACUCUUUUCGGUACCUCUUACGAACUAGCAAUUUUAUGACAUUUCGUCUUCGAUGGGUUUGUUUACUUCUUAAAAGAAGAUAGUUUUUUUUGUUAGAAAGUUGAAGUUUAUUAACGUCGACAUGCCGUUUGCCAUAAUAGAAACAAUCAACGCCAAAGGAAAUAGGGAACUUUCGGUAGUUCCCAACAGCUGGUUAAGAGGAUCACCAGGCGGCAGUAUUGUAUUGUGGCCCAACGUGAGCCCAGCAGAGCAGGAAAAAUACCUUUGUGAUGAAAAUAGCUGCCCCGACAGCUCGUGGUUGCGAUACGAAUGUACGGUCAAACGUAAUCUGAUUGGAUCCUACAACCAUGCCUUCAGCCUGAUGGACAGUUUGGGUGCAGAAGACGUACCCUCCAAGAAACCACGAUACGAGAGGAAAUCUCAAAAUUUCUUACAAGAACUUGUAUGUAACACCGGUUCUAGCUUGACUGAACAUAAUAAUAGCGCUACCCAAUCGAAAGCAGGAAGUGCCGGAGGUAAAUUUCCGGUUAUCACAGAGGCCUAUUCCACUUCUAAUAGUGAAACUGUUCAGCUUGUAUCUGACGAUGAAGCUGACCAUGUUGAAGCUGAGGAUCCCAUUCAGAAAUGUUUGGACAAAAUGGAUAUCAUCAUUGGCAUGCAGCAACAAAUUAAUCAACGAUUGGAUUUGUUGGAAAAACGGGUCACUGGAAUUUCCAGGCAAAAUUAUGGCAUUUUGGAGGCGACCAAACUGCAGGGAUGUCGAAUCAAAUCCGACAUCGAAGAAACAUUGUCAUUUAAUUUCAACCCUAUGGAAAGUGAUGAGGAGUUGGUUCAGCUGGAGAAAAACUUAGAGGAUAAGGAAUUCAAUGCAAAGUUGGUUAAAUGGCUCCGAUUAAAUGUAAUCGGAAGUUGUGCUGACGAUCGUAUGCUAAGUGUGCUGGAUUUGUUGUUCACUAAAAAGUUUCAAACGAUGUGUACUUGGACUGGAAUUAGCCGCAAGGGCCCAAAAACCGCUAUAUUGCCCAAGCGAAAUAUUUUGGAAAUCUUCCAAAUACUUGGUAGCGACGAAAAAGAAGUCGUUACUCAACGAGAGUUGGCAGACUUUUUCAUGAGGAAACUGAAAAACUCCUGGAAACGGUUGACCAUCACAGGAAUGCGUCGUAGUACGAGACAUGUGAGACGACGAAAACCGAUUCCAUUGCAGUCUGAUAAAGCUAACGUCAGUGAACCAGUCAGUUCAGUUAGUGAAGCAGAGCUUGAGGCUGACUUUACAUACGUCGAAGAUGACACCUCGGAUGUUCAGGACAGUGUGACGGUUUCUGAUAAUGACUUUGAUUCAUAUUUUACUGUUAAAGUCGAGCAAUAAAUAGUGCUAGAUUGGCACGACGGAAAGAGAGA